AUGAGAAAUCAAUUUGAUUUUGGUCUGCGUAAUCAAAAAAUCCAAAGCCGAUUGCUAGAGAAAAAAACUCUUACAUUAGAUGAUGUGGUGAAUGCUGCUACGGCAUAUGAGUGUGCUGAAAGAGGAGGCGUUGAACUUCACCAGUGUGGAGGAGAGAGCGAGAAAGAUUGCGUUAGCAAAUUGCACGAAAAACACAAAUACAAGGGAGCAAAGAAAUGUUUUCGAUGUGGCGUGACAUCGCAUAUGGCUAAUCAAUGUUCUCACAAAGACACCGUUUGCCAUUUCUGUAAAAAGAAAGGCCACUUACAAAAGGUUUGUUUCAAGGCCAACAAACAAUUAAAUACAAUUGAAGAAGAAGAGCUAAAUACAGGUACGCUGUUGGUGGACGAGCUUUUCCACGUCGGAGACAAAGGCAUUGGAUUAAACGACAAAGCUAAGAUAUUUUUCCAUGCAAAUGACAUAGAACUAUACAGCUACUGUAAGACGCCGUUGGAUUGUGCAGGUUAUAUCUGGGUCAACGUGACUACCGACACCCCAAGUGCACCUGUGAAGAUAUACCUUAUUCGCUCUGAUCGUAAGCCGUUAUUGGGAAGGGAAUGGCUGCGCAAGGUAAAGUUGGAUUGGAUAAGAAUCUUUACUAAUCAUCCGCAGACACCUAUGCAAAAAGAUGAAAUCAACCAAAUUCACGGAGAGGAAGCACAUGGUUAUGAUCUAAGAGGAAUGGUGAGUAAAUUUCCGAAUUUAUUUGAACCAUUUACUGCAAAAAUUAUAGGAAUGCAAGCCCGAUUAUUUUUAAAACCGAAUGCCACUCCAAGGUUCUUUAAAGCGAGGAGAUUGGCUUUUCCACUAUGGCAUGCAACGGAACGUGAACUCGAAAGGCAAGUAGCGGAAGGGUUGCUUGUGAAGGUUGAUCAGAGCGAAUGGGGUACUCCGAUUGUCGUUGUCCCUAAAAAAGAUGGAGCCGUCCGUAUUUGCGGCGACUACAAAGUCACCGUGAAUCCAGCGUUAACGGUUGAUGUGCAUCCUCUACCUACAAUAGAGGAACAUUUUUUAGCACAUCUUGACCUUAAGCACGCACAAGGGCCUUUUAUUGAACAAUUAGUUGGUGAUAUACCAGACGUAUCGGUAUUCUUUGAUGACAUCAAAAUAACCGCAGGUGACGACAACACACAUAUAAUCCGCAUGGAAGAUGUUUUGGCUGGGUUAAACAACCGUAACAUGAGGGUUAAUUGGUCCAAAACAGAAUUUAUAAAAGAUAGCAUCAAAUAUUGUGGGUUACUCCAAGACAACGUGCCUUUCCGGUUUGACAAAGAUUGCGAGAAAGCCUUUGAUGAGAUUAAAAAGCAAAUGCAAUCGGACACGGUGUUAGCUUUUUAUGACCCUAAGCUUAAUGUCAUUCUUGCGGUAGAUGCUAGCCUGAUAAUGCCAAUGCCGAUGCGAUGUCACGCCUGCCCAGUCCGGAAACUUAUGUAUAAGCACAUAGAAGAGGUAGAUAUUCUGGAAGUGGAGGCUAUACAGAACUUGCCUGUGACAGUAGCAGAAACUCAGCCAAAAAACCAAAUCGGACAAGGAAGUAAGGUUGCUACUAGAAUGUCUUAG